UCAGAGGUCAUGGCGGGUCAGAGGUCAUGGGGGGUCAGAGGUCAUGGCGGGUCACGGGGUCAUGGGUCUUUCUCUAUGGGGUUUCUGUCUAUGGGGUUUCUGUCUAUGGGGUUUCUGUCUAUGGGGUUUCUAUCUAUGGGGUUUGUCUAUGGGGCUGUGCGGGGUUAUAUGGGGUUUUUCUAUGGGGUCUCUAUGGGGCUUUUUUGUGGGGUCCCUAUGGGGUUUCUCUCCCUAUGGGGUUUCCUCUAUGGGGCUUUUUUGUGGGGUCUCUAUGGGGUUUCCCUCCCCCUAUGGGGUUUCCUCCCUAUGGGGCUUUUUUGUGGGGUCUCUGGAAGCUCUAUGGGGUUUCCCUCUCCCCCUAUGGGGUUUCUCUCCCCCUAUGGGGUUUCUCUCCCCCUAUGGGGCUCUAUGGGGCUUUUUUGUGGGGUCUCUAUGGGGUUUCUCUCUGGGAUCUCUGGAAGCUCUAUGGGGUUUCUGUCUAUGGGGCUGUGCGGGGUUAUAUGGGGCUUUUUUGUGGGGUCUCUAUGGGGUUUGUCUAUGGGGCUGUGUGGGGUUAUAUGGGGUUUUUCUAUAGGGUCUCUGGGGCUUUUUUGUGGGGUCUCUAUGGGGUUUUUCUGUGGGGUUUCUGGGGUCUCUAUGGGGUUUUUCUGUGGGGUUUGUGGGGUCUCUAUAGGGGGUUUCUAUGGGGCUGUAUGGCGUUAUAUGGGAUUGUAUGGGGGCUCUAUGGAGUUGUAUGGGGUUUGUGGGGCUCUAUGAGGCUCUAUGGGGCUCUGUGGGGUCUCUAUGGGGUUAUAUGGGGGCUCUAUGGGGUUUCUGUGGGCACUUAUGGGGUCUCCAUGGGGUUUCUAUGGAGUUCUAAAGGGUUAUAUGGGGUUUGGCUGUGGGGUUUCGCUAUGGGGUUUGGCUAUGGGGUCUCUAUGGGGUGCUAUGGGGUAUCUGUUGAGUUUCCGUGGGCUCUAUGGGGUCUCCAUGCAUCUCUAUGGGGUUUUUAUGGGUUCUAUGGGGCAUUACAGGUUUCUAUGGGUUUCUGUCUAUGGGGUUUCUGUCUAUGGGGUUUGUCUAUGGGGCUGUGUGGGGUUAUAUGGGGUUUUUCUAUAGGGUCUCUGGGGCUUUUUUGUGGGGUCUCUAUGGGGUUUGUGGGGUCUCUAUGGGGUUUUUCUGUGGGGUUUGUGGGGUCUCUAUGGGGUUUUUCUGUGGGGUUUUCUGGGGUCUCUAUGGGGUUUUUCUGUGGGGUUUGUGGGGUCUCUAUGGGGGGUUUCUAUGGGGCUGUAUGGCGUUAUAUGGGAUUGUAUGGGGGCUCUAUGGAGUUGUAUGGGUCUCUGUGAGAUCUUUAUGGGGUCUGUGGGGCUCUGUGGGGUCUCUAUGGGGUUAUAUGGGGCUCUAUGGGGGUUUCUGUGUGCACUUAUGGGGUCUCCAUGGGGUUUUUAUGCAGUUCUAAAGGGUUAUAUGGGGUUUGGCUAUGGGGUUUGGCUAUGGGGCUGUGUGGGUUUCUGUGGGGUUUGUCUAUGGGGUUGUGUGGGGUCCCUAUGGGUCUCUAUGUGUCUCUGUGGGUUGCUAUGGGGUCUUUGGGGUUUCUAUAAGCUCUAUAGGGCAUUAUAGUUCUCUAUGGGGUCUUUGGGGUUGCUAUGAGCUCUAUGGGGUCUCUGUGGGUCCCUAUGGGGUCUGAAUGUGUCCCUAUGGGGUUUCUAUGAGCUUUAUGGGGCACUAUAGCUCUUUAUGGGGUCUCUAUGGGGUGCUAUGGGGUCUCUGGGCUCCCUAUGGGCUCCCUAUGGGCUCCCUAUGGGCUCCCUAUGGGGUCUCUGUGUGGGUCGCUGUGGGGUCUCUAUGGGGUCUCUAUGGGAUCUUUGGGGCACUAUAGCUCCCUAUGGGGUCCCUAUGGGGUCUUUGGGGCACUAUAGCUCCCUAUGGGGUCUCUAUGGGGUCCCUAUGGGGUCUCUGGGGUUGCUAUGAGCUCUAUGGGGCACUAUAGCUCUCUAUGGGGUCUUUAUGGGGUCUCUGUGGGCUCUAUGGGGCGUGAUAGCUCUCUAUGGGGAUUCUGUGGGGUCUCUAUGGGGCAUUAUGGCGUUCUAUGGGGUUUCUAUGGGGCGUGAUAGCUCUCUAUGGGGUCCCUAUGGGGUUUCUGUGGGGUUUCUGUGUGUUGCUAUGGGGUCUCUGGGGUUGCUAUGAGCCCUAUAGGGUACUUUAGCUCUCUAUGGGGUCUCUAUGGGGUCUCUAUGGGGUCUCUAUGGGUCUCUAUGGGGUCUUUGGGGCACUAUAGCUCUCUAUGGGGUCCCUAUGGGCUCCCUAUGGGGUUUCUGUGGGGUGUCUGUGGGGUUUCUAUGAGCUCUAUGGGGUCUCUAUGGGCUCUCUAUGGGGUCUCUAUGGGGUCUCUAUGGGGUCUCUAUGGGGUCUCUAUGGGGUCUCUAUGGGGUCUCUAUGGGGUCUCUAUGGGGUCUCUAUGGGGUCUCUGGGGCACUAUAGCUCUCUAUGGGGUCUCUGUGGGGUUUCUAUGGGGUCUUUGGGGCACUAUAGCUCUCUAUGGGGUCUCUAUGGGGUCAUUGGGGCACUAUAGCUCUCUAUGGGGUCUCUAUGGGGUCUCUAUGGGGUCUCUAUGGGGUCUCUAUGGGGCACUGUAGCUCUCUAUGGGGUCCCUAUGGGGUUUCUGUGGGGUCUCUGGGGUUGCUAUGAGCUCCAUGGGGCACUGUAGCUGCCUAUGGGGUCUCUAUGGGGUCUCUAUAGGGUCUCUAUGGGAUCUUUGGGCCACUAUAGCUCUAUAUGGGGUCUGUAUGGGUUGCUAUGGGGUCUCUGGGGUUGCUAUGAGCUCUAUGGGGUCCCUAUGGGGUCUCUGUGUGGGUCUCUAUGUGGUCUCUAUGGGGUCUUUGGGGCACUAUAGCUCCCUAUGGGGUUUCUGUGGGGUUUCUGUGUGUUGCUAUGGGGUCUCUGGGGUUGCUAUGAGCUCUAUGAGGCGCUUUAGCUCUCUAUGGGGUUUCUAUGGAGUCUUUGGGGUUUGUAUGAGCCCUAUAGGGCACUUUAGCCUCUAUGGGGUCUCUAUGGGGUCUCUAUGGGGUCUCUAUGGGGUCUCUAUGGGGUCUUUGGGGCACUAUAGCUCUCUAUGGGGUCGCUAUGGGGUGCUAUGGGGUCCCUAUGGGGUUUCUGUGGGGUGUCUGUGGGGUUUCUAUGAGCUCUAUGGGUGUCUGUGGGGCACUAUAGCUCUCUAUGGGGUCUGUAUGGGGUGCUAUGGGGUCUCUGUGGGGUUGCUAUGAGCUCUAUGGGGCACUAUAGCUCUCUAUGGGGUCUUUGGGGCACUAUAGCUCCCUAUGGGGUGCUAUGGGGUCUCUAUGGGGUCCCUAUGGGGUCUUUGGGGGCACUAUAGCUCUCUAUGGGGUCUCUAUGGGGUCCCUAUGGGGUCUCUGGGGUUGCUAUGAGCUCUAUGGGGCACUAUGAGGUCUUUGGGCUCCCUAUGGGGUCCCUAUGGGCUCCCUAUGGGGUCUCUGUGUGGGUCGCUAUGGGGCAGCCCCACACGGGCCGU